GGCAUAUCGACGUGCUGCAUUAAACAAAUAGCCGGCUGUGCCGUAGUAUCACUUGGUGAGAAGCGAUCUCGGCGAAUAAAUAUUUGUGCUGGUCUGGACCAAAAAUGGCACUAACUUUCAACAUUACGCGUGUAUUAACUGGGCGAGUAUCUGGGAUCUCCAGGUGGUCAUACGUUGCUUCGAAAAAUUAUGCGACAAGUGGUGCAUACACACACAUUCUAACUGAGACAGCUGGAGAGAAAAAAAAUGUUGGUAUCAUAAAAUUAAACCGACCCAAAGCUUUGAAUGCCCUGUGCAAUGAUUUGAUGCAUGAAGUUGGAAGUGCUCUUGAUGCAUUUGAGAAAGAUGACAAUAUUGGUGCUGUUAUCAUUACUGGAAGUGAGAAAGCAUUUGCAGCAGGUGCUGAUAUUAAGGAAAUGAAGGAUUACACAUAUUCCGAUACAGUGAGGGGCAACUUCUUGGGUCACUGGACUAGGGUGUCUCACUGUAAAAAACCUGUGAUUGCCGCAGUGCAUGGAUAUGCGUUGGGAGGUGGCUGUGAACUUGCCAUGAUGUGUGACAUCAUAUACGCUGGCGAGAAAGCAAAAUUUGGGCAGCCUGAAAUAGCUAUUGGAACUAUUCCUGGUGCUGGUGGUACUCAAAGACUUCCACGAAUGGUUGGAAAAUCAAAGGCAAUGGAAAUAUGUCUUACCGGGAACCAAGUCACUGCCCAAGAGGCUGAAAAAAUGGGGUUGGUCAGCAAAGUGUUUCCUACUGAUCAGUUGCUACCUGAAGCCAUUAAGUUAGCAGAGAAAAUAUCAUCUCACUCACCAUUGAUAGUGGCUCUGUGCAAAGAGGCUGUCAACAGAGCUUACGAAACUACCCUCCAGGAAGGACUUCAUUUUGAGAAAAGGACAUUCCAUGCAACAUUUGCAACUGCUGACCGUAAGGAAGGAAUGACAGCUUUUGUUGAAAAGCGCCCUCCAAAGUUCACAAAUAACUAAGGUGAUAUAAAAGAGCUUUUUGAUGUCACCUGACUGCUGAAGACUGUUGAGAAUGGUUAUGAGGAACUUCAUGCAAGAAAUAUAUUUUUUAUACUUUUGUAAUUGAUUAAUCAACUGUCAGUUAUGAAAUAAAGUCCUUUUGCCAUGA